AUGUUUCGCCGUGGAUGCAGGAGUAGUGAGAGGCGCCUUUGCAUAGUCUUAUUCGAGGCCGGACGAUCGGAGGCCUCCGAAUGCUCGCCCACGACCCUCAUUUCGCCUACCGUUUACAAGCAAUCUUUUUUUAAUUCCGUCCUGGCGGCCUCUUCGCCUUUCUCCUCGGCGAUGGCCGUCUCUCUUGUCCAGAUACAUUUGGAUGAUGGUUCAGAUAAUGUAUUUUCUGUUUGGGGGACUCAGCAGGCUCUGGCAAGCACUCGAGUCUUUGGCACCAGCUACCUGGCUCCAAAGGCAUUCACCUACUCCGUUCAAGCAUGGUCCCAUUGA